GCAGGCAUUGGAAUCAUACACACCAGCCGAUGGAUUCACAUUAUGCAUUUUGUAGCUAUGCGUUACUGAGCGGGUUUGACAUAGACCAUUUUUCGUCGCACUUGCAGCUUUACUUGUUUUUCCUCAAAGCUGUGGUAUAACGAUGGGGACGGACAGAAAACAUGGAACGAGGGAGUGCUGGUUGUUUGUGUUUCAUAUGGCUCUGCUACUUUUUAUCGGAAAACAGGCUUUGGCUCAGAUACGAUACUCUAUUCCAGAGGAGGUGAAAGAAGGAACUGUUGUUGGAAAUGUUGCGAAGGAUCUUGGCCUUGACAUCACCUUGUUAACUGACCGUCGUUUUCGCGUUGUUUCGGGAUCAAAGGAGAAUUUUUUUGAGGUAAACCAGAACAAUGGAGCUCUGUAUGUGCAUAAGAAAAUCGACAGGGAGGAGCUGUGUCACGGCAGUGGUGCAUGUCUAAUGGAGCUAAAAAUCCUUGUUGAAAACCCUCUGGAAAUGCAUUAUGUAGUUGUAGAAAUUAUUGAUGUAAAUGAUCACUCUCCUAGUUUCCGCGAAAAAGAGCAGAGAUUUGAAAUAGGCGAACAAACAUUACCUGGAAGACGAUUUCAACUACACACUGCUCGUGAUCCCGAUGCUGGAAUUAACUCUAUUCGUACAUAUACUAUAACAUCAAAUGAACAUUUUGAAGUAGACAUCCGCCAAAGCGACGAGGAUAAGAUACCAUUUUUAGUGUUGAAGAAAUCGUUAGACAGAGAACAAAAGAUCAAACACACGCUGCUGGUUACAGCAGUUGAUGGAGGCAAACCUCCAAGAUCAGGGACACUGAAUGUUUCUAUUAUUGUUCUUGACAGUAAUGAUAAUCGUCCAAUGUUUAGUCAGGAGAUUUACCAAAUUGAAAUACAAGAAAAUGUUCCAGUCGGUACUUCAAUAUUCAAAAUGAAUGCAACGGAUCCUGAUGAAGACACCAACAGUGAAAUUGAAUACAGCCUCGGAAAAACUCUAAAGGAAAAAGUGUAUGAUAUUUUUGAAUUGGAUGAAUUAACUGGAGAGAUUAGAGUAAAAGGAGUUGUGGACUAUGAAGAGAACGAUGUUUAUAAACUGGACGUGGAAGCAUCCGAUAAAGGAACACCUCCACUGACAGGUGAGUGUAGAGUCAUUAUAAAGGUCAAAGACGUCAAUGAUAAUCCACCGGAAAUAGAAGUCACAUCACUGUCAAAUAGAGUGUCUGAAGACUCAAAGCCUGGCACAGUUAUUUCACUUCUUAGUGUAACGGACAAAGACUCCGGUGUAAAUGGCAAAAUAAUAUCAAGCAUAACCUCAGAGGUGCCUUUUGAAUUAAAGCCCUCCUAUAAGGAGAACAUAUAUUCAGUUGUUACGAAGGGAUUUUUGGAUCGAGAGGAGGUGUCACAUUAUGACAUUACAAUAAAAGCUACAGAUUGUGGUGAACCUCCCUUAUCUACUGUUAAAACUCUCAGUAUUGAGAUAUCAGAUGUAAAUGACAAC